GGAGGCCUGACAGUUCUGUAUCCCUUUCCUUACAGAACGGGAAUCCCGUGAGCAUGAGGAGCCGACCACAUCGGAGAUGACAGAGGAGACCUACCCGCCCAAGGCCUACCGGCCCAAGCAUGGCCGCCUCUCUGACCUCAAAGCUGAGGCUCUGAAGAAGGACCGCCGGAAGAAGCUGACCUUAGCCAAGUUUGUGGGCAUGGCAGAAAACACAGCACAUCCCCGCGUGGUCAUCCCCGAGCUCCGGCAAGAGUUUGAGCUGGGCCCUUGCCGCAGGCACAUGGAGGCCUCCCUGCAGGAGCUGAAGAGCAGCCAGCGGAUGGUCCCCCGCGCUGUGCAUCUCCCCAACUGCGACCGAAAGGGAUUCUACAAGAGGAAGCAGUGCAAGCCCUCCCGGGGACGGAAGCGUGGGCUGUGUUGGUGUGUGGACAAAUAUGGCAUGAAGCUGCCGGGGACUGACUACCUGAGCGGAGACCUGCAGUGUCACGCAUUCGACAGCAGCAACGUGGAGUGAAGUUGCAUCCCCUCCCUCUGCCCCAUCACCACCCACCCAGGCUCCCUUCCACCCUCCCCUCCGCACCUCCCUGCGCCCCAGGACUCCGAUUCCUUUCAUCUCAUGUAAGAAGAAUAAAAGAGAGGAAAAGAAAAAAGAGAAAGAGAGGAACAGAACAAAAAAAUAAAUAAGGGACAAAGAAAAGGAGAAAGGAAAAAGGAAAAAAGAAAGGAAAGGAAAGGAAAGAAGAAAAGAGAAAUACAAACCCUGAAGAGACUGAGGACUCGGAAUCUACAGCAGUGUCUUGACAACAAGGACUCAGCAAGGAAAGGACAGAGCCAGAGACAAGCCAGCUUUGGGUGCUCCGCAGUCCCGCACCUCUCCCUGCACUGCCUGCGCACCCCUGCCGCCGAGCAGAGCCCACGCCGAUGUAGAAAGCUCUCCGAGUUGGUGAUUUUCUAGUACGGGGUGCGGGCGGGGUUAAUUUUUCAUUUCUUUAUUUUUGAUUUUUUGUUAGCUAGUCAUUUUCCAAAGGGUCUGGAGAGAAAAUCUUGCAGCCAUCAGCGUCUCCCCUCCUUGCUCCAUUCCUCUGGAGUUUCUUCCCUGUAUCGCUGGGAUGCAUUCAAGUCAUUCUUAUCUCCAUCCCAAAUGACCACCCUGAUCCAAGCAGAUUUGGACCACGCUGGGAGGAAGAUGAAGAAGAGGAAGAGGAGGAGGAGGAUUCACUGCGCACGUGGAGAUGAGAUGGGGAGGGACACAAAGCUUCUGCAACGGCAUGAAUACUCCCCACAGUAUUCGUGAACAUCAAAAAGAAACCAGAAGGGAGACAUACCCUUCUCAAUGUGGCUCCUCUUGACUUGGGAAGUCAGAAAUCUGAGUUUUGGACAAGUGAGACUCUGAACGUCACCCAUGCGGGUAUGGAAGUGUUUGUGGCGUGCACACAUGUGCACAGAUGUGACUUCUCCUCCUUGCCUGGAAACAUGCAAUUUGAGGGCUUCACUGUAAGCAGGGGGAGAGCUGCCAGACUGAGCAGGGAAGAGAGUUGUAGUGGUGUUCCAUCUGUGUCAGCUCCAUGGAUGCUCUAUCACUCCCAAGAGCAAAGCAGGCAUAUACUGGGACAGGGGGACUGGGGACGAAACCCUUCACCACCAUGGCAAAGACCAACUAUGGAGAUUUUUAUUUUUUUUUCACAGCCAAAAAAGAAUAGUUUGCUCCAGGGGGAAAAAAAGACUUUGUUUUAUCUUGGUUUUUUGUUAAGGCUGGAUUAUAGCCUUUCCCAGGGGUAGGAAAACACCAGCCUCCAUCUUUUGCAUUGCGGAAACUGCUGACAUCUGCCACGGCUGACUCCCUCUGCCAACUCCCCAACCUGCAUUGAGCUCUGCGACAGGUCUUCAAGACUUGUAACCCAGGACCCAAAUCCUCAUUCAGCAACAGCAGCCACCGCAGUGUGGAGACCCACUGCCUCAGGUUUGCUUGGACAGCUGAUAGCCGCCUUCCUGACUAUUUCAUUGGGUUUUUUAUUUUCCGUGUUGGAUUUUGGGACUCAAUUCCCCAUGACAAGGGUCUCUGUGGUGGCUGUGCUGGGAGGAUAUCCCGCAGUAAAGAUGAGUCAUGGGGUCUGGGCAUAAUAGCCCUGGCACGUGAACACGUACCUGGAGACAUCUGAAGUAUACAUCUGAUCUUGGGGGGAGGAUGCAGCCAAUGUGUCCCCCAGUGCUGGUCUGAACCUCCUGGGGCUGGAUAAGGAAGAAGAGGGGAUUCCCAGCACCAGUGGGGCCAAGAUGAGGGGGAAAUGGGUGCUGAGGAGCUCUUUUGGAAGCUUCUCCCCAUCACUGGUUCAGUGCCGUCACUGUAGUGUCCCAUGGGAUGAGAUCAACCCCAUGGGCAACCCACAAGGAUGCUUGUCUCAACGGAGAGCAGGACUGGAUGGCCCCCAGAUUUUGGCAACGGACUUCCAUGAAAACCCAGUGGGGCACAUUUGGAGCUGGGAGUGAGGUGCCUUCCUGUGCUGUAAAGAAGAGGGGACUGCCACCAUAUGUGGAUCUUAUUCCCCCUACUGAAAAAAAGAAUGCAGGAAUGGGGUGAUGGGGUAGUCCCCGUGCCAUGUUGCUGGAGGGGAGCUGGGGCCGGGGCAAAUGGAGCAAGGUCGGAUUGAGCUGGGUGGAGGGUGAAGGUGGGGUGAAUAUAGUGGGAGGUGGAGGAGCCAUGUCAAGCCCCAAGGUCACAGAUCACCAUCAAUGCUGUCUCCUCUCUCCUCAAAUUGCCGGUCCCAGUACAAAACCCAGUGUUAUAGGCCAGUACCACCUUCCCCAGUACCCUACCUCCUUUCGUCUUCUCUCUCCUUCUUGCUUUUGUUUAUUUUUGUUUUAUUGUUUGAUUUCCCAAAACUUGAAAGCCUUUGGCUGCAGAGAAAGGAGCCAUGCUGCCUAGGGGUGGGCAGAAUGGGAGCGGGCAGAGAGUCAGCAGGUCCACAAGGAACAUGUAUUUUGAGGUAAACUCACCUCCUGGGGGGGUGCAGAGCAGUCUGGUGGUGGCCUCAUGGCAUGGCCACCAUGGUGACACUGGGAGGGGGACGCAGGAGGAUUCUCCAGCCUCCCAGUACAAAGUGGGUCCCAGCUGUGGACUCACAGGCACCAGAAUCCAUUGGGUGGUGACAAAGCAUCACCACUUCCAGCAGAGAGGCAGAGGGACCUGCUUUGCAUUUUGUGGUGGGAUAAGCAGAACAGACACAUCCGGGAGCUGGAAGGGCUGCGGUGAGAGAGGCGCACGAGGAGUUGCUGGCCAUUUUGCACGCCAGUGGCCGCAUGGUGAGGAAAAAGCUGGAGCAGGGGUGAGGACAGUCCUUGGACCACAUCUCCCAUGAGAGAUGUUCAGCAGCUGGGUUACCCCUUGUCUGUACUGCAGUGGCCUUCGAAAACCACUAGUACAAGAGCAUUUUGCACUAUUUCUCCGCUCUCUUUCUCUUCCCCCUUCUCUUUUUCUCUGCCUUCUCCAUAGAAAAAAAAAAAAAAAAAAAAAAUUUUUUUUCUGUUGGCGUUGUUUUUUUGGUUUUGUUUUUUUGUUUUGUUUUUCCCAAAACGGAGCAUUGUAUAUUUAACAACCGACAGCUCACCUUGCUUCCAGACAGCUGUCCUGGCCCUGGCGAGGAGCCCUGCUCACCGUGCCCCGUCCCCAGCCCCGCCAGCCACCCGCCACUGCCACCGGGACAGACGUCACCGCACACAUCACCCACCGUUGUACCACAGUCGUUCACACACCAGAUUCCGAGUUUCCUGCCUGUUUUUUUUUCGUUGUUUUUUUUUUUUUAACCUUUAAGCAAUACUCACUACACAUUUUACGGUAGCUUUUUAUAGCUUUACAUACAUACGGUAGCUCUGUUUUUUGGUUUUUUUUUUCCCGUUUUGUUUUGUUUUUGUUGUGUUUGUGGUUUUUUUUUUUUUUUUCCUAGUAAACAAGAAAUACUCAUAAUCUUACUGGUGGGGAAAAUAAAAAAAAAAAAAGAACAAGUUUGUGAAAAACUGACAAUGGAAGAAGAGCUUAAUGCUCUGUUUAGCAUUUUGUACUUAAAAAAAAAAAAUCUCACAUUUUAUUAAAAAGUGAAGAUUGCUGUAUACUAUUUAUUCAACUUAUAAUUUAUGUUACUCUUUGAUCUUUGUCUUUUCUCAUGACAAAGCAUUUAUUUAAUAAAGUUAUGCAUUCAGUUAGCUUGUGCCUGACCCUCGUAGAGUGUCUGCGUGCCAGCCCUGCCAUUAGCACACUGUGCCUGGGGGCUCAGCCAGCUCUAUGGGUCCGACAGGGCAGGGUGACCUGGUGGCAAUGGCUUAGGCAACCUUUAGACCCCAGAGAACUCUGCUAAGACAGUGGUAAAUUUGAAAGGUUGAGCUUAGAGCAUCCUUACUGCUGAGCUGUAAUUUUUUAGCUGUUUAUUUGCAGGGGUGGGGCUGGAGCACCCAUGUUCUGCUGGGUCAUGAAUGGAAAGAGAAUUGUAGUCAUAGAAUCAUUAAGGUUGGAAAGACCACUAAGACCAUCUAGUCCAACUGUCAACCCACACCUGUCACCACUCUAAACCAUGGCUCUUGGUGCUACAUCUACCAUUUUCUUGUAUGCCUCCAAGGAUUUGGUGCCCAUAAUGCUGAGCACUCAACUGCUACCCCAAAUUGAUCUCAAUGCUUCAGGAUGCGAUAUCUGAGCCUCAAAACUCUCCAGGCAGUGGGAAGUCCUGCCCCAACAUCUCGGUGAACAGGAAUGUCCCCAUCCCAUCCCUGCAGGGUACACGAGCCCAGCCAGGCUGUAGUCUUCAGCAACCUCAUGACAGCCCUCAGUGCCCCUUCCCACCACCCAUGUCCUCCUCCUCUGCUCACACAACCUUUCAUCUUCCCACACACCCCUUUGUCGCAUGCCUCCAUCCCCACCGUCUGCCUCAGUUGCCAACAUCGUUCCAUGUGCCCAAAGCAUCACAGGAGACAAAAAAUGUCCCCUUUAUCCCCAAAUAGGUGGCUGGGCUGUGCUAAGAUACAUCCCCCACCCUCUAUCUGCAUCACCAGACCCAGCUGCCUGAUCUGCAAUGGGCUCCUCACCCUGGAGCCGGAGUGGACUGUGGGGCCUGUAUCCCACUGCCCCUCAGUGAUACACAGCCCAAGGUAUGGAAAUCAGCCAACACCAGGACAUUUUUGCUGGUAGGUGGGGAAGCACUGCUGCUGAACUGUCAGCUAUGCCAGCACUGAAAGGUGGCUUUCCACACAGACAGUUCAGGGCUAUGCUACCAGUUCCUUGUCACCAUCACCCAUGCCCAUCAGGCCCACCCACAGCACAUUCCAUGCCAUGGCCCUGGUUAGCCCCAGCCAUGCAGAAAUCUCUUCCUUCAGCACUGCAAUUUCAGCUCUUAAGCAUGGCUUGCAAUUAUUAUCAUUAUUCUUUGCUUUGCCGUGGCAUCCCGAGCUCCUUUUGGCCACAGAGAUUUUCCUCCUGCAGUCCAAGAACUCUUUGCACAGGCAGCAGAGACAAAACCAGCAAGGCCAGGAUGAUCCCUGGAGAACAGGUCCAUCUGCUGGCUGACAAACAGCAUGACCGGCUGCAAGAACCAACUUGAAAAGCACCCAAAAUCCUGAAGACUGGGAGUCUGGGAGGAGCUGACCUUCACCCAAAUAUCUGCUGAAGUCCCAGGGCAGAGGGACUUUGUGCCCUUGCAAAGCUCUCACAGAGCUCCCAGGUUGAACAGGGUGCUUCUACAGCCCCCCUCCCAGCAAGAACAUUGUGCCAAAAACCACCUUUUUCCACCAGACCUGUCUGCCAUCAGGCAGCAAAACUGCCUCUGCACAUGUGUCGGGCAGAUGCUGACUUGAGAGGACUCAAAGGCAUGGCUGCAUUGUGCAGAACUGCAGAAACACCCACAGAGCAGGAAGAGAGGGGAUGGGGUGACACCAGGGCUUCCCAGCUCACACAACUGGGACCAGUAGGGGUAAAAACCAAACUCCCAAUGCUGCUCAUUGGGCUCAGCAUUUACAACACCCCCAGGGCAAAAGCCCAAGUUUGUGUGUGAUGCAUCAGGCAAGAAAACAUGCUCUAUUUAAUAGAGAAGGUUGGGGAGGGGGAAGAUGACAGUUUUCUGGCAUCCCAUUUAAUUUAUUCCAACUUUACGCAGCUCAGCAUCUCCCAAAGAGAAAAGAAAAACACAAAAAGAAAACUUCCUGGUUCCUAAACAAAACAAAAAGUACAAACUGCAGCUGACAGCCAGAGUGUGCAUGGUUUACAUGGAAAAGCUGAACACCCUGUGCUGUUAACAGAAGACAGGUAGCAUCAUUUUUACAGUUACUCAGUUCUGCAUUCAGGUGCAUUCUCUUUCUCUCUGAUACAUUCUCACUCCCUCUCUCUCACAUACUCACAUCUCUCUAUCACUUUCCUCCUACAGCCCCAAAGCAUUUUCCUUUUCUCUUCCACUGAUACUUCCAAACUCCUGCAAGGACAUGAGGAGUUCAAUCUGCAUAGACUGUCCCUGCUCUUUGCACUUGGGAAACUUCGGGCUAGGAAGGUGGGGGGAAGUGAGGGGGUAAGGAACAGCAACAAACCCCAGCAUUCCCAUUACUGCAGAGUUUUGGGCUUUUUGCUUUUCUUUCCCCAGCCCAAGUCCCCAGGUGAGUGGUGUUUGUCCCACAACCCCAAGGAGCAUAUGCUGGCAGCACCCCUCAGCCCCUCUGUGGGCCCAUCCCAGCCCUGCCCAAGGUCCCACAAAAAACUCUAUAUUUCUCCCCUUACUGUAGUAAGGAUAAGAAUGUUUGCAAUUGUUUUGCAAAUGGAAUCCACAUUAAAAAUGGGGGGAAGGAAGAAAAAGUCUCCUUGCUUCGGCGACAGGGAAGUUAUUUAUUCUCAGCGUCGGUGUGUU